AUGUACAUCCUGGCCAUGUUUCCGUAUCCCUCAGGCAAGCUGCAUCUCGGCCACCUCAGAGUAUACACUAUUGCCGAUGUGGUGACGCGCUUUCGCAAGCUCCAGGGGCGGAACGUCUUUCUCCCCAUGGGCUGGGAUGCCUUUGGCCUGCCAGCAGAGAACGCCGCCAUCGAGAGAGGUAUUGACCCGGCCGAGUGGACAACUACGAACAUGGCGCGCAUGAAGUCCCAAUUGGAGUUGAUGAACGCCAGUUUUGACUGGUCAAGGGAAAUUGCGACUUGUGAUCCGAGCUUCUACAAGCAUACCCAGAGCCUCUUCCUGCUUUUGCGUCGGCAUGGUCUUGUGAGUCGCAAAAAGGCCACUGUCAACUGGGACCCAGUUGAGAAGACUGUUCUGGCCAACGAGCAAGUGGACGCAGACGGGCGGUCAUGGCGUUCAGGCGCAGUCGUCGAGCAACGCGAGCUCGAGCAGUGGUUCUUCCACAUUACCCAGUUCAAGGAAGCUCUUCUGCGUGAUCUUAAAGCUCUCGGAGAGAACGAGGCCUGGCCAGAGAGGGUCCUAACCAUGCAGGAGAACUGGCUCGGCCUGACAAAGGGCGCACAUUACGUUUUCCCAGCUCACGCCCCUAUGGGACUGCAACUGCAUGUGCCCCUGAAAGGCCAGGAUCGCUAUCUCGAGAACUUCAAGAUAUAUACGACCCGACCAGAGACAAUCUUUGCUGCCCAGUUCAUCGCCAUCUCGCCCAGAUCUGCCGAGGCGGAGGCACUCGCGGAGGAGGACUCGAAGCUGGCAGACUUCAUUGCCCGCGCCAAGGACUUACCGCACGAUUCCAUGGAAGGAUACCAGGUGAAGACCGUGAUGGCCACAAAUCCGCUCGCUCAAGUCCCUGGCCAGUCGGUUGCGUUCCACGAGAAGCUUCCUGUAUAUGUAGCAGCAUACGUUCGUGGCGACUAUGAGACAGGCGCCCUGAUGGGAGUGCCAGCUCAUGAUGCGCGAGAUAUGGCAUUCUGGCGUCACCACAACCCGAACGAGCCUAUCAAGCAUGCUCUGACGCCCACGAAGAAUGGUCCAACUACCGACAUGGGCGACAAGGUGUUUGUCGAAUCAGGCUACAUGACCUCACUGGCCGGCGACCUUGCUGGGAAGCCGUCACAUGAGGCCGCCGAAGCCAUCGUGCAGAAAAUCAGCUCUGUAUUAAAAGACACAGAGCUCAAGGAGCGCUGGAAGCUCCGUGACUGGCUCAUCAGCAGACAGAGAUACUGGGGCACACCCAUUCCCAUCAUCCACUGCCAGGCUUGCGGCGAAGUGCCCGUUCCUGAGGAGCAACUCCCUGUCGAGCUACCAAAGGUGGAUCAUCACUGGGCUGGCGGACAUACUGGCAACCCGCUAGAGUCCGCGACAGAAUGGGUCAACACAGAAUGCCCCAAAUGUCAUGGCCCUGCGAAGAGAGAUACCGACACAAUGGACACCUUUGUGGAUUCGAGCUGGUAUUACAUGAGAUUCGCAGACCCCAACAACUCCUCGAUGCCGGUGUCUGAAACUGCGGCGAAGCAAAACCUCCCCGUUGAUGUCUACAUUGGAGGUGUUGAGCACGCGAUCCUGCAUCUGCUGUAUGCUCGGUUCUUCUUCAAGGCUGUCAUGGGCACGUUGUUCCCUACUACCGGGUCCAGCUCACCCCAGCAGGCCGCGCUGCAUGAAUCCAACCUUGAGCCCUUCAAGCGCCUCAUUACACAAGGCAUGGUACACGGCAAGACGUUCACCCAUCCCGAGACCGGACGGUUCCUCAAACCCGACGAGGUCGACCUAUCCAACCCAUCGAGACCCACAGUGGUUGGCACAGGACAGGAAACCAAGUCAUCCUUCGAGAAGAUGUCCAAGUCGAAGCACAACGGCGUAGACCCGACCGACUUCAUCGGCAAGUAUGGUGCUGACGCCACCAGGGCGCACAUGCUGUUCCAGGCUCCCGUAGCCGAGGUGCUUAACUGGGACGAGGACAAGAUUGCCGGUGUGACGCGCUGGAUCAGCAAGCUCCACGGCUUCGUCAAGUCCCUCCCACCUGUUACCACAGGGAACACGGGCAGUUGGGACGCCUGGGCGUACUUCUCCCAGCAGCCCAGCGCUUCCGCAACGGCCCAAUGGGAAGCAGAUGCCCGGAUCUGGGCGGCCACGCAGCGCGCAAUUACCUCGACCACGCUCGCGUACGAAAAGGUAUACUCGCUCAACACGGUCGUGUCGACGCUGAUGAGCCUGACCAACACGCUCGUCGCAGAGCGCGCCGCAGCCUCAGACAUUGUCAAGGUCGAGGCUACGACACGGCUCCUGCGGAUGAUGGCGCCCAUAACACCCGCCGUUGCCGAGGAGUACUGGAGCAUUCUGUGCCCGGGGCAGCCGAGCAUCUUCCCUAGCUCAGCACAACCCGAUGAAACUCGGCCGACCGCAAACAUUGUCGACAAGUGGCCCACGACAGACGACACCCUGUCCCUGGUCGAGCCCAAGCAGCGCUCCUGCGCGGUCCAGGUCAACGGCAAGCUGCGGUGCGUGGUCAAGAUCCCUGCGCAGGGCGGGCCCGAGGGUGAUGCUUUCCAGGUUUGGGUGACUGAGCAGAUCUACAAGUCUCCAGAGGCGCGGGCCAAGCUCGUCGACGGCAACGAUAUCCGGCGUGCGACAAAGAUAUAUACCGCUGCCACAGGGGCUAUGGUUAACUUCAUCAUCCCCAAGGCGAAAUGA